CCACUGUGAUGUUCCCCGCAAUGUACUAGCUUCGGCCUGGCCCUUUGCUAUGCCGGACGCAGAGCCAGCAGGCAUAAGACAAGACGCCCCGCCAGUGGCGGCUGAAGCUGAGCCAACGCAAGCCGCAACUGAAGCGGAGCCAAAGCAAGCUGCAGCUGAGUCUGAGCCAAAGCCGGCAGAGGCUGAAUCUGCGUCCCAGCAAACAGCGGAGGCUGAGACAAAGGGAGCAGAAGUGCCAAAGUCGACAGUGGAAGAACCCAAAAAGGCUGAACCGAAGAAGGCGAACGAUUCUCGCAAGAGGCCCCAGAACGGAAGCGGAGGCGGUCAAAACGCCAAGCGCCAGAAGGUAGAGAUUGCCCCAGGUGACAAGGGAGUUUACUUCACAACGCUCAACUCAGGCAGCGUCGACAGGGCCAAGCGCGAUCUGAAGCAGCUCCUGGAAGAGUACAAGGUGCCUGAGGAUCUGAAAAGCAGGAUCAGCAAGCUGGACUUUACACCCUGCACAGAGGCAACAAAAGGGAUGGGCUUCUUGAAGCUGCUGAACAUGGAGGAUUUGCUUCCUUCAAAGGUGGUGAGCCAAGUGCUGGCCGUGCAGAGGGACAACUUCCAGAGCACAGGCAUUCCCACCUGCUCGAGGUUACUUUGCAGGGUCCUGCCCAUUGAUCACACCUGCAAGCCAACUAUGGCUGACUUCAGAAAACUGGCAGAGGAGGUGUUACCCUUGCAGUUGGGAGCAGAAGCUGAGCCAACCACUUGGGCGCUGGAGUUUAAGGCACGCAACUCCAGCGCUAUCAAGAAAGAGGCCGUCCUCGAGGUGCUGGACGCCAUAGCUCCCAAAGAACGGCACAAGGUCAACCUGAACGACCCAGCCAAGUGCAUCGUUGUGCAGGUUCAUGCGCAGUGGUGCGGCUUGAGCAUCGUGCCGCACUGGGGGCCGUUGCGCAGCGCUUUUGCAAGGCGGAGAAAGGAAAAAGUACAACUUGAACGCCUUGACGACUCGCGAGGACGUGACAGCACCGGCCAUCACAGUGCCGGCAGAAGCCCACAGAACCAAUGCUUCAGAAGCAGCGACUUGAAAGAAAGGUAUGGAGCAUUUGGAGUGUGAAGUGAAAGAAGCUUCACCGGGAAAAUU